AUGGCUCUCAAUUGGGACGCAUUCCUCAAUACUGACGGUUUCAACCUGCCGAACAACCAAUGGUCCGAUCCUUUACCACCGACCGCUGCCCCUCGCGCCUCUCAAAUGCCAAAGUCUACCACCACCGACACGUCAGGCUCUUCACCUGAGGACCUCAACAACUUUGACUCUCUCAUCGGUGCUUCAUCAGCCGAUCCCUACUUUGACGACUCGCUUUUCCUGUCCAACGACUACUUUCUCGGCGAUCUCGACGUCCUCAAGCCCUUUGGCAACACUGCUGGGGGCAAGUCGACAACGGAGUCAUCUCCUGAGCCCACGACAAGUGGUAAUAACCCCGCAGCACAGGUACCCGUGUCGCUGGCGAACGGGCUAGACCAAUCAGCUCACAUGUCUCCCGCCCAAAGGCUGGCACUCCAACGUGCCAACACGUUUCCUAACCCCGCAUACGAGUCCAUGUUCCCCAACAACAUCGACUCGGGCUUCGUUGAAGACCUCACCUUUCCAGAUGGUCCCAAGGGCCUAUCAGUUGCCCAAAAGCCUGCCGUGGAAAGAAAUCAACCUUCGACAUCGACAAACACUACUUCGAAGCGAACCAAGAACAAGCCAGAUAUCCUUUCUGCCUGCUGGACCUCACCCCUGUGUCCCAAUCAUGACCAAGAUGGACCACCACCCAACCCAUCAACAUGUGGCGGCGGAUGUGCGCCCUUCUUAUUCGCAGACCAAGACAACCUACCAAGCAUCAAUGAUUUGCUUGCUGAGCCUCAAGAAGUUAUGGCCGAAGAUGGCAUAGUAGAGAUUCAGCCUAGGCCCAAGAAGCGAUCCGAGAGUGAUGCAUCCGCUAAUGGCUUCUCUACUCGACAAUUCGAGAGCAAGGAGACGACUUCAUCACCGACUGAAGAUCGUCACAGGACCAAGAGCGAGACUACAGAGGAUAACUCCACCAAGGAGUCACCUCAAGCCGACGACGGAAAACCAAAGUCUCGUCGGCGACUACCACACAACCAGGUUGAGCGCAAAUACCGCGAAUCACUCAACACCCAGCUUGAUUCUUUGAAGAGAGUUGUACCUUCACUACAACAGAACCCCCGGGCGUGCGACAGCGCCGACAUUGAAGACCUGCCCGCCCCUUCGAAGCCCAGCAAAGCCGUCAUCCUGGCCUCAGCAACCGCCUACAUCAAGCAAAUGGAGAGAGAGAAGAAGAGCCUCGCUGAUGAGAACCAACUUCUCCGCACAAGAGUAAAGGCUCUACAAGCCCUUGUCAAAUGCGACGACUGCAGUUUGAUGCAGUACGUCAUGGACCUGAAGAUCAAACAAGGGGUUUAG